UUUACGUGUUCUUUUAUUUUACUCUCUCUCUCUCUCUCUCUCUCUCUCUCUGUGUACAAAGAAGAAGAGCAAAACAUCUCUCUCCCUCUCUCUCAGAAGAAGAUUGAAGGAUCGCAGGCCGUGAAAUUUGCCCUGAAAUUGAGGUUUCUGAGGUGGGAUUUGUCUGUGAGUCUGAUCUGAGCCGAGAAGAAGGUGGUAGAUGUUGAGAAUUUAGUGUAAUUUGAAUCUGAAGUGGGGCAGAUGUGUAUGGAUAGGUUAUGCUGCUUUAAUUCUCAGCUGGUAGGCGUACGUUCCUCAUGCAGUUCUGGUAAAGGAAGAAGCCAUCAUGGGCCAACUAAGAUUACUUAUGGAUACAGCCUUGUCAAAGGGAAGGCGAGCCAUCCUAUGGAGGACUAUCAUGUUGCAAAAUUCGUGCAAAUAAAGGGGCAAGAGUUUGGGCUGUUUGCAAUAUAUGACGGCCAUAUGGGAGAUACUGUGCCCGCUUACCUACAAAAGCAUUUGUUUUCCAAUAUUUUAAAGGAGGAAGAGUUUUUGACUCAUCCGGAUAGAUCCAUUUCAAAAGCCUAUGAGAAGACAGACCGGGCAAUUCUUUCUCACACUCCCGAUUUGGGACGAGGAGGCUCCACUGCUGUAACUGCCAUUCUCAUAAAUGGUCAGAAGUUGUGGGUAGCUAAUGUCGGGGACUCGCGGGCAGUUCUUGCAAAAGGCAGGGAUGCAAUACAGAUGACAACUGAUCAUGAGCCGAACACAGAGCGUGGGAGCAUUGAGACAAGGGGUGGCUUCGUUUCAAACAUGCCAGGAGAUGUCCCAAGAGUUAAUGGGCAGCUGGCUGUUUCUCGUGCAUUUGGUGACAAGAGCCUCAAAUCACAUCUACGGUCAGAUCCCGAUAUAAAGGAUGCAGAUAUUGAUCACAAUACUGAUCUUCUCAUCCUUGCCAGUGACGGUCUGUGGAAGGUGAUGAGUAACGAAGAGGCAGUCACUCUUGCUAGAAAGAUCAAAGACCCGCAGGCUGCAGCUAAGCAGCUGACGGCGGAAGCAUUGAAUAGAGAAAGUAAAGACGACAUAUCUUGUGUUGUCGUUCGGUUUAGGAUGUGAAGGGCCAGCAACCCUUGUCUGCGUGAUAUCGAAUUUGUUUGCAUGGAAGCUGUCUAUAGACUUCGGUGGCAGCAUUCGUGCAAGAGGAAUGCUAUUCCUGGAUGCUCCAUCUUCAAUCGCCAAACACGGGUGCUCCUUGUGUGCUGGCAUGACACCUGUGUGGGAUCCACAGCGUUCAUCAGUUGGUGCCCUAAGUGCAUGUGCCCUAUACGACAAACCCAGGUGACUGUUUCGUUUUUCUAACCAUCCGCUUCUACAUAGAUGUUUGGCCCACCUGAUAAAUGGGACUUUCUGGAUGUUGGGGCUCAAGCUACAUUCACUAUCAGACCACCCGAUUAUUGUCCCAGAUCCUGCAGAAAUGCCACGUUGACGAGUGCGGGGGCAUUUGUGUUUGGCGUUCGGAGAUUGGUUUUUCUGGAAUUAGCAUUUUUAGUAUGAUUCAGGGCAGUUCUCGUGAUAUCAGCAGGAUUAUGAAAAUACCUGAAAAAGAUCACGCCUCCCUUGCCUCUCUUCCUGUAAAUUUAUUCUCUUUCCUACCUUACGCGGUUUGAUAUUGUUUGAUUUCUUCAAUGUGAUUAGCAAUCCAAGCAUACCUGGAUCUCAAUUGCAUCGAGACUAGGUAUCUCUCUCUACCAAACAACGACAGAUUUUCCUUGAUUAAUGUAUGGAAUUAUGUUUUUUAUUUUUAUCUUUUUUGUUUAUGGUAUUCAAGUUUAAAGGCAAAGGCGUAAGAACAUUCCAGUGCUUCUGUGACAGUUUAUUUUGUGAAUUUUUUAGACUGGAAGAUAUACAUUACACAUGGUUCAUGAUGCCAUGGAUUUUUGUGA